AAUAAUCUGGUCUACCCACACACCUGUCAGCUCUUCUACUGUACAACAUCAAGAAAAAAGAUGAAGUUGAUCUUUCUAUGGUUGGCAUAGGCCACCCAGAAAUCUUUCCCUUAGUUUUCACUACAAGGACCCAAGAAAUUUUUAAUUGCCGAGUGGAUGAGGAUGUCACAGAAGAAAAUUGUUUCAAGCUUAUUAAAAAAGAUGACAUCAUUCAAGAUCUAAAAACAAGAGCUGCUAUUUCAGAUUUCCACCCUGUCAAAAACAUUGUCCUGGAAUACCCAGGGGAAGAACUUCUGAUAGUUUUUGAUGCAAAUUUCCAGUAUGGACAGAACUUUUAUCUUGUUGCUUCUGAGGAAGCGAAAGAAAACUUUCUGAAGCCUCCAGAAACUGCAGAAAAAAUGGACAGUGAAGAAGAGAAAGAGGAAACUCCAGAAGUCUGUGCUUAUAAGCCUCCUGUCUCCAAACCAUGGGUUUCUCUUGGCAGUGAAAAGGAAGUUGAAGAAGAAUCUGUUAAAGAGCGUGUUAAAAAGAUUAAGUACAUGUUUUCUCAAGGACAGAGGAAGUUUGGUGCACCAAUCAGCUUUACUGACAGGAAUGCUUCCCAUGUAAAAGACAGUUACGUUGAAUGUACUUCCUACCAAGACAAAACUUUCAGUAUAAAAGUGCUUGAAAAACACGUGGGUGUGCAAAUGGUUCCCAAAGUAAGAGAAGCUGGUACUCAGACACAAUGGACCUAUCCAAAAAAUGCAACCACACAGUAUUUUCCUAGACAGCUGUCAAAUGAAGAGAAAGAAGAGAUUCUGUCAUCUGAGAAGCUGAAACAAUUUCUCACAUCAGUAUGUUUAAGAAUGGAAAUUGCAUUGCAGCAAAAUGAAAUUAUGAAUGCUUUUUCUGAUGACUGGAAAGCCCUAGAAGAUGACAUGAGCAGUCCUGAUGGCAAGUCAGACAUUUGUCUUAAAACAUACCAAACAUUUACAGAUCUACACUAUCUCAAGGACAAAAGCAUUAGCUGCAUUUGUUGGCAUCCAACCAUCUAUGGGAUUAUAGCAGAGUCAGCAACAAAACAGCCCUCCAAAGAAGAGAGAACUAAGCUACAACACGACUCAGUAAUUAUUUUCUGGAGCUUUUUUGACCCUAUCCACCCUCAGUUAAUACUAGAGUGUCUUGAUGACAUUUACUGCUUUCAGUUCAGCCCAAGUGAUCCAAAUGUUAUUGCUGGUGGCUGCUUCAGUGGACAGGUUGUACUGUGGGAUAUUUCUCAAUACGAAGAAAAACUGCAAAACGCUAAAAGCGUUGCUGUUGGAAUGAAAAAGACAGUUGUUAAUAUGAAUAACGUUUCUGUUCUAAGCCUUCUGGAGAAUGAUGACAUGUCUGAGCUAUUAUUUACGGAGGAUGAUGAGAGUGAUAAAGGGCAAAUUUUAGUGAGACAUUGCACAUCCUCCUCCAUACACCAUAGCCAUGAAAAAAGGAUAACAGAUAUACACUGGCUGCCAGAUUAUUUUGAGGUCAACCGGAUGGGUGAGACUUUUGAAAACAGAGCUGGAAUUUGUGUGCAGCUUGUAACCUGCUCCCCUGAUAGCUUAAUACUAUUUUGGGAUAUUCGAGACACCAAACUUCCCACCAAGCAUUCAUCUGAGAAAGUAAAAGAGGAAAACAGCUUCAAUAUGCUCCCUGAAGUUUCAGAUACUUCUAAUGAUCCAGAUCUCAUCUGGAAACCUCUCAUGAAGUUAAGCCUGUGCGACAGCGGAGAAGAAAACAAUGUGAAAUGCAGUCCCACCAAAAUUAGUCUACAGGAACAGCAUUAUCAUUACAAAAUCACAGAUAAGGAGCAAUCUCUACACAAAUCACAAGUGCACAUCAAAGAAAGCCCGUAUGCACAGAUGAGCAUUUCUUCAAAGAAAACUAUGAAUGUGCUGGAGAAUAUCUCCAAUAACUUCUUUGUUGGAACUGAAGAUGGAGAAAUCAUUUAUUCUGACUGGGAAAUGAAGACCAGUAGUAACGAGGAAAAAAUAGCUAGUAACAAAUACACCAUCCACAAAGAAGCUGUGAACACUGUACAGAGAUCUCCAUUUUUUAAAGACAUCAUUCUCAGUGUUGGAGGCUGGAAUUUUGCCAUUUGGAAAGAAGGUGUUACAAAUGGACCGAUCCUCCAGUCAAACUGCACAGUGCAGAGAUACACUGCAGGACAUUGGUCCUUAACAAGGCCAGGAGUUUUCUACAUUGCCACAGAUGAUGGAAAUAUAGAUAUUUGGGACUUACUGAAGGAAACUCACAAGCCAUCUCAUAGCCAGAACAUCUCUAAAUCAGCGAUUACUUGCAUCAGCCCUCGGGUUGCCUCACCAAAGCAGCAAUUUCUAGCUGUUUCUGAUGAUUCUGGAGUACUGCAUGUUUUAGAAAUCCGUCGGACAUUAAGUCACCCAUCCAGCAAUGAGCAGGCCAACAUACUCAAUUACUUUGAGAAAAGGGUCCAAUGCCUGAAAAAUCUCAAAAAAGACCAAGAGUUUGAAAUCAGAGAGAAUGGAAAUGGAGCUGGAGACACAGAUGGAACAAACAAUUAGUAUCUUCCAGUUUCUCCUGACAGCUUUACCAAGAACCUGGAAAUGAGAUAAAAUGGGCCCUCGCUGUCAGGCCUCUUGUUGCAGAUUUGUCUGCCUAAGCCCAAGGCCAGCGCUGAUAUGCAACCACAUAAUCUCAUACUGAGAUUAUAUGUGCAACAAGAAAUAAUAAAAGCCUAUAUGUGGGUGGAACUGGAUGCGUUUCACCUUCAAUCAGCAGAAAGAGAAGAACUUGGUGUAAAAUUCUGGUACAAAGCUUAAGAUGUCAAAUACGUGCUUACCUUUUUCUAAAUAGUAAAAUACUUCCAAAAAAAAUCAGCAAAGAACAUAUUUCAAGCUCCUUUAGAAAUCCUAAUAUCAGUGGAAUUUAUCACAGGAUGUGUCAAAGCAGAGAAAACAAAGGAGGGAGAGUAAAGCAUAGUGUCCUUCCACAACUUUAAAUGCACACCACCUCUUCUGGGAUAUUACAUAGAGUGCAAAUACCUUUAGACUGAGGUGCACUAGGGGAUCAUGCUAUCAAGAUUAAGAAGGCCUAAGGCAAAUAAAGAGCUCUACAGUAUGACAAAGUUCAGCAGUAUUAAAGAGAUAGGAUUACUAUGAUGAAAUAGCUCAGAAAUUAGACUGUAAAAGAAAAUACCUAAGCUCUUCACAUAUUUAUAGAAUCCUAGAUUCAUACAGAAAAGCAAUAUUGGUAAUGUGAAUACCUCCAAAUCCCAGAUUCCAUCAUAUAUGGAGAGAAAACCAGAGAACAUAGCAUGCUCACAAACUCAUAAAUACUGGCAAAACAGCAGGUGAUUUCAGCACCAUUUGAAAAUCACCUCCUUAAAAGUAGGUUCCCUUCAGCACUGAAAGCAUUUCAGAAAGUGGUGCGGUAACGACAAAAGUACUGGUGCAAUAGGAAGUAAAAUAGCAAAAGGAUCAGUGCAAUAGGCUAUUACUAAGGAAAAAAAGAUUGCUCGCCCAUCUCUGAGGAUCUAGGAACACAGAAGGAAACAGCAGAGAAGAGGGAUCUCCAGAAAGAGAUUCUACAACAGUGCAAGUCAGACCUUAAAUGAGGUCAAGAAAAGUGCAGGAAGGCUCCACCACUUCUGGUCACACAGAUGAAUUGCCUUCACCUGUGCUCCCAAGGCCGACCGGUCCUUUCCCCAGAUGCUCAGUGGUUCAGGCCACGACUCAACCAUUCCCACACAGGUACAUAUAACACUAACAAAAGUAGCACAAAUCAAACUCUCCUCAGUGACAAUACAAUACAUGGCAGGAGCAGAGAAGAAAAUGACAAGAGCCAAAUGAAGCAAGACCAUGAUUUCAAAAAUUUUCACACAAGAUGCCAAUCAGUAUAUACCAAGCAAAUUUGGUCACAUCUUCAAAAAAAGAAGGCACUGAGUUUUAUUGAGGAAAUAUAUCACUUACAGACACUGCAUCAGGUCAGCAAAAUUAAAGCACUCCUGUGAGAAAAAAACAAAAGGCUGAAAACCCACGCUAGAGACAGCCUUUAAUAAAGCACAUUCAAUUGUACCAUACCUCUACAGAGAUGUCCAACCCGUGGCCCACAGGCUUCAUGCAGCCUGAGAUAGCUGACAAUGCACCCCAUCCCUUGCUCUGCACCAUCACAGAGGCAGCUCUGCCUCACUGAACAGCCCGGCCCUUCAGCAACAAUCAAGUACCAGCGUGCCAUUUACAGCGUCUGGGCUGAACUCAGGGAAUAAGGCAUGAGGAAGUACUGAUUCCAGUUACAGCAAAUAAUUUUAUGGAUUGUGAUAUACUGGCUGAAUACAGUCCUGUGAACAGCAGGAAAUAUGCAGCCAUGCUUUCCUUUACAAACAUUAGAAAAUAAAAGUUUUUGAUACU